CUUGGAAUCCGGCCACCCCAGGUGCCACCACACUAAUUUACCUUUAAACAGGCUUUUCAUUGUCCACAAAAGGCUUGGGGGUAAAACAAAAACAGCAUAACCAUUGGUGCCACCCAUGCACAAAGUUGUGCCUAACCUGCGCCACCUCAUUUUAAAAGAUCUGGACACGCCACUGACGCAGCAACAGAAACAAACUUGACUAACAGAAAUGUAGAUUUGUAAUUUUAAAGUUUUCAAUUAGCCGUUUUCAAACUAGAAGAGCAGGUCUUGCAGGGAAUAACCAGGUUAGGUGUUUUUUCUUGCUUUCAUGAUGGUUUUUACAAGACUUUGUUUUACUUUAAACUCAACAGAAUCUUCCCCGUCCUGCUACCUCUUUAAUUUUUACUCAGAGGAGAAAAAAAACGAUUUCUCGGCCAAUCACAAAGCCGUGAGUCUAGCCUCAUAUCAGAGUCCCAGCACUCUGCCCUUCUUCUCUUCAGGAUGCUCCUCUUCCUCUGCCUCGCCGCUUUCCUUUCUGCGGGGUCCGCCAUGGAGAUGAACCAGACCUCCAAGCUGCUGGCGGACAACCUGGAGCAGUGCUCGGCCUGCGAUUACCGGGAGCACAGCAAGCUGAUGAGGCUCCACAGCAUCAAGUCUCAGAUCCUCAGCAUCCUGCGGCUGGAACAGGCUCCCAACAUCAGCCGGGACAUGAUCCGCCAGCUGAUCCCCAAAGCGCCCCCUCUGACGCAGCUGCUGGACCAGUACGACCCGCGCGUGGAGGACGAGGACCACGCCACAACCGAGACCAUCAUCACCAUGGCUACCAAACCGAUCCACUUCCCCCAGGAUGAGCUGUCCUCCUGUUGCCUGUUCAGUCUCAGCCCGAAGAUCCAGCCCAAAAACAUCCUGAGCGCUCAGCUGUGGGUCCACCUGCGUCCCACCAGCACCGUCAACACCGUCUUUCUGCAGGUCUGCAGGCUCAGCCCGGACAAGGAGGGAAACAGCACCCGGAUCCGGGUCCGCUCCCUGAAGAUCGACACCGAUGCCGGUUCCAGCUCGUGGCAGAGCAUCGAUAUCAAGUCUCUGCUGCAAGCUUGGCUCCGUCAACCUGAAACCAACUACGGUCUGCAGAUUAACGCGUUCGACUCUAAAGGAGAAGAUCUGGCGGUGACCUCAGCGGAACCAGGAGAGGAAGGACUGCAACCGUUCAUUGAGGUGAAGAUUCUGGACAGCUCUAAGAGAACCCGCCGUGAUUCGGGUCUAAACUGUGAUGAGGAGUCUUCAGAGACCCGCUGCUGCCGAUACCCACUCACCGUCGACUUCGAGGAGUUCGGCUGGGAUUGGAUCAUCGCACCCAAACGUUACCGAGCUAACUACUGCUCAGGGGAGUGUGAGUUCCUUUACCUGCAGCAGUAUCCUCACGCACACCUGGUGAACAAGGCCAACCCUCGAGGCACCGCAGGGCCCUGCUGCACCCCCACCAAGAUGUCACCCAUCAAUAUGCUCUACUUCAACCGUAAGGAACAGAUCAUCUACGGGAAGAUCGCGUCUAUGGUGGUCGACCACUGUGGCUGCUCUUAAUUUGAUAUCCUGCAAGAAGAUCAAGAGAAGCUCAAGCUAAAAUAAAAACUUCCAAAUUUGAGAUUAUGCCAUUUCAGAGGGUCAAAACAUUGGUAUUCAAAAAACUGCUCUAUGACCUUUGGCAUGAUUUUCCCUGAUGAAACCUUUUUAAUAGAAAUAUUUUUCCAACCAAGCCAUCUAAAGGAUAAAAGUUGAGCCAAAUCGCUUUUAAAAUCCCAAUUUUUGACCUUUUCAUUGAGGAAACUUCACAGAAGAUAAAAUUGUAGACAUCCAUGGUCCUUCUCAACGUUUGUUGGAAAUGUGAUGCACUUUAGCUACUCAGUACCCAUUUAUGUUGGCUAAUUAGUUUCUUGGGUUUUGGGUUUUCUGCCAAGGAGUUUGAAUCAAUUUCACCUGAUAGAUUAUUUUAGUCUGAGGAGCCUAAAAAGCAUGGCAGUUCAGGCUUGUGCUUCUCACAAAAUAUAAACACUGCUCAAAAAUACUAAAGGAACACUUUAAAAACAUCAAAUCUUGUAGGAAGUCCAUUGUGGUGUGGAAUGGCUAAUGUUUCACGAAAAUGAAAAUAAUCAACCUACAGAGGUCAUAAUUUCAAAAUGAAAAUGAAAAACUGGUGCAGCUGACUGAAAUGUCUCUGUAGCACCUCAGAAUUGUCCUCAGUAGUUGGUAUGACACCCUUUCCAUAUGCAUGCCUGACAACAUUGGGAGGAACCAAGGGCUUAUCAGUGAAGGGUCCAACAAUGGGCCAAAUGAUAGUCUGGAUGCAAUAAUCUAUCUUGUACAGGUCUACAUGUCCCUCAAUGGAUAUAUCCCUCCAGAUAAACACUGACCCAUCACCAAACCCAUCGUUCUGAACAAUGUUGCAGGCUUCCCAUUAGAGGACACAGGCUCCUCGAGCCAUCCUCAAAGUCUGUUUCUUAUGGCUUGGUGACUUUCACAUCAGUGGCCCAUUUGAGCUCACUCUAGGUUGGUUUAUGCUUGACGCGUCCGCGAGGUUCGCACGGCUCCACGCGGAAAAGUUGCGUCAUUUUAACAACCACGCCCCUCCACCGCGCCUCCGCACGGCCCAAACUUUCCGCAGCGCGCACCUAGGAAAUUUUCUAACCACGCGGACGGUCGGACGCGGAAAAACAUUGCGGACUGGCAAGAACUAGUAUGGCAGAGGUUCGUAAAUACAGACAUUUGUAUGAUUCAGCUCUCAAAGAUCACCAUGAUCAACAUGUUGUUAAUAAUGCUUGGAGAGAAAUAGCUCGCACUGUCGGAAAAGACGAGGACGCUGUUAAAAAAUGCUGGAAUGUCAUGUUGUAAACAGUAAUUUUUACUUCUACUAUGGCGUAGUGUUGGAUGCAUGCCGUAGAGCUCCAUGCUGCCCCCUACAGUUUGGGAGAAUAUUGGCUCACCGCAGAGACAAGCCGCAUGAACCAUAAACGCUGCAAGUUGUGAAGCGAGUUCCGUCCGCGAGCCGCAUCACCAAGCGGAAAGUGAAUGUGUCAAGCAUAAACCAAGCUUUAUGCUCUGGCAGGACUCAUCCUAUUCCUCCUUGCACAAAGGCGCAGAUACCAGCCCUGCUGAGGGGUUAAGGGCACCCUUUUGUAUCCCCUUCAGUGAAGCUGUUGAUUUGAUUAUCAUCAGAACAGCUGAUUAAUACCCCUCUGCUAUCUGACCAGAUCAAUGUCGCGUAGCUUAAACAGAUCUGAUUAUAAAGUUUUCCUUUACUCUUUUUAGCAGUUUAGUUUAUUUUGUGAAUUGUUAAAUGAGUUUUGUCUCAUUCUUUUGCACCUUAAAGUGAACAGAUCAUUUUGUUCUUAUAAUCCAGCGGUUCCUAUUUCUGUUUUUGUAUGUUAAGCAGUCGUUUUUGUAAUUGCAUUAAGGAAUGCAGAUGUAAAAAUCACACUUCGAGUUGAAUGUUUGCACAGAGUAAGCACGUUGGACAGUUAGUGAUCUGAAAAGGUCAGCAUACUUUAGAUAUAAAAAUUCACCAGGAGACGAAAACAAGAUUUAUGUAAUAUAUUUUAGAUGGGUGGACUCCUGCAGCUUCCUGGCCUGCUUUACCAAACUGUGUCCUGAUUUGAGCCUUGAGCCCUGCAGUGCUCCUCCAUGUGUGUCUUUAUUUUAAUAAACAUGAACCGAGUG